AUGGGUGGCCAAGGCCAAAGUGGACCAGCCGGAUGUAUCACUCAACGAGAGCGUUCCAAGAGGCCGCAUGGAAACGAGUCGCCGAAUGCUCCGAUAAAAAAAAUCCGCAUUUCCCGAACGAAGGUUGAUAUACAAAACGAUCUCGAAGCUGCGAGGAAACAGAUUAAAUCUCUGGAAAGCAGCAUUUCCCGACUCAAGGGGAAAAAUUCUGGCUUGAGUGCCCAAAAUAUAGAACUGCAAAAGGAGAUGAUGAGUUUGCGCAAAGAACGCAAUCUACAGAAGAUGGACGAUAAUGACAUCCGCUGUCGACUCCGGAAUCUCAUGAACACAUGUCGUGACUGGGCACAAGAGUAUUCGGUGGGAACACCCUUUGACCUCGAUACAAUCGAGGCUCAUGCCCAACAACUUCCUCUGGACGAGGUUACUCUCCGAGCUGCUGGAGUGUGUACCUACGCUCGCACGACUAUUUUCUACAAGAACGCUGCACACAGCUUCAUUAGAAUUGCACGUCCUCUACUUAAGUUUUCAGGUGAAGGAGCAAUCGCCAAACGGCUUCGGGACCUGAUAGACAUUAUGGCCACUGCUGGAAAUUUGGUAAUGAAGCUCAGACAGCAAAAUUACGAUGUCAAAUCCCUUUUCUACGAUUCUCAAUACAUGCACAGCCUGAGUUUCAGUCGUGAAUCUCAUAUUACGGAACCACAUCCCGCACUGCGAUUAAAACAAGACGACACGAGCCUGGAUGGUUUAGAGAUAGACUUUGUUAUCCAGCCUGCAAUCCUUGCUUGUUGGUUUGAUGAGCAUACGAAUGAGAAGCGAGAAAAAGUGUGGGCUAAGGCAGUUGUCUGGGCUGGCAGAUGUGAACAAAUCCGUACAAAGAGAAGGGAUGGCGCGAAGUGUGUUGAUCCUUCAAAUUCGAAGGGGGGCCCUGGUGUUACUCAACCAGCUGUAGAUAAACGAACCGAUGAGCUGCCCACACCAACGAAGCGCUCACAUUCGACAAACAGAGCUGAAUCACCCCAACGGGAACGGCUAUCAGCGGUUGUCAUUCAUAAUGGCAACGCGCCUCACAAAGCGCAGUCGAAAGAUUCGAUCGAUCCGGGUGAAAGUGCUUCUUCUAUGAUAGCCCUCCCAACUCAACCAACAUCAAAUCAACCCAGGAAUUCCUUAGAAACGCCAAGUAGACCAAUGGAUGGUCUUGAGAGCGAGGCGAUUGAUGCAUGCCCAGUUGGUAAAGAAUUGCCUAAUCCUGCUUCCUCUUUUGGAGCAAUGUCGGCCAGCCUAUCCAAGCCAAACUCCCAGACCAGUGACAAGUCGAAAUGUCCACUUCAACAGAAUGCUAUGUCUGCUGGCCAGUUUGGUGAUGUUUCUAUGUCAGACGAAGUAGGUGGCAGCGACGAUGAACUCCUAUUUCAAGACCACGCCAAGAAGAAUAACAUGCCACGUUACGGGGCUUACUCAAAAUAUCACGGUUGA